UGGUGUGAUGAGAACUUUCUUGAGUUAAAUGUAGACAAAACAAAAGAAUUGAACAUAGAUUUUAGGAGAUUUAAAGAUGAUUUUGUUGCUCCCAGUGUGAUACAUAGCAAACCUGUUGAAACUGUCACCUCUUUCAGGUACCUGGGAACUAUUUUUGAUUGCCAGCUGGACUCUUAACACUGAACACAUUGUCAAACGUGGCCGCAAAGAAUGUACCUUCUGCGGAAGUUAAACAGCUUCUCCGUUAGCAGAGCAAUUUUAGGUCGUUUCUACCAGUCUUUCAUUGAGAGUCUUUUAUCCUUCUCAUUUGUAUGCUGGUUUCGUAAUCUAUCUGUUCAUGAUAGGAACAGUUUGAAUAGUAUCGUCAACAUCUGUUCCAAGAUAAUUGAUAUUAAACAGAGGGACUUGACUUCCUUCUGUGAUCAACAAUUAGUGAGGAAAGCUUCCCGCAUUCUGUCCAUACCUGUGCUUUAAUGUGUUUUGAAAAAUCUGACGAAAAGAGAUCAUCGGCGAUUUCUUUGUACGUGACCUUUGACCCAGAUGACGUCAUGACCUGCAGAGAACAGCACUCGAUGCGGCAUUCUUGUCACACCUACAUGUUUACACACCUGUCUAAAUGUGCGCAUCAAAGAGCUGGAAGUCUGCAAAUGACUGAUGAGGAUGGCGAUGACGAUGAUGACGAUGACGAUGUCCAAUGCUGCAGACCUGCCGCUGAACACGGUGCUGGAGGCGUUCGGCGACUUCUUCCUGAAGCACUGCCUGCAGAACGGCUACGACAACAUGCUGCGCACCCUGGGGCGCGACAUGAAGUCCUUCAUCCAGAACCUCGACUCCCUGCACGCGCUGCUGACCCUCACCUACGACAAACUGGUGGCGCCCUCUUUCAGAUGUCUGUCCAACCCUGACGGCACUCUGACAUUUCAUUACUACAGCUGUCGCCACGGUCUGUCGGACAUCGUCAAGGGUAAGGCGACAUACAAACGCACAAACAAGGCAGGCAGGUAGACAGACACACAGACAAGACAGGCAGACAGACACACAAACAAGAUAGGCAGGCAGACACACAAACAGAGAAGAUAGGCAGGUAGACAUACAGACAAGGUAGGCACACAAACAGACAAGAUAGACAGGCAGACAGACACACAAACAGAUAAGGUAGGCAGGCAACGACAUACAGACAGGCGGGGACAGCACAGAAAAAAUCAGUC